AUGACAAUGACUAUGGACUCGCAAAAGAGGCCGAGGCAAACGGGGCCGAUGGAUAUGUAUUUGACCGCGGACAAGGGAAAACAAACAACCAUUAAUGAGGCAUGGAAAAAAGAGUUUAGAGUGAAAGUAUGCAUGGCCAUUUCCGAGUGGAUGUAUGAUGCGGCCAUCCCUUUUAAUGCUCUUACUUAUCCAAGCUUUCAAAACAUGUUAAAUCAUAUCGGCCAAUAUGGUUUGGGCCUUCAAGGACCUAGUAUGUAUGAAGCGAGGGUGCCUUUCCUUAGUAAAGCGGUGGAGAAAGUGGAUAAUGAUUAUAUCAAACUAUGUAAGGAAGAAGGCACGGUUUUUCUUGAGUCCAUUGAUGCUUCCUCAUAUGCGAAGACGGGAAGGAAGAUGUUUGAGCUUAUUGAUAAAUUUGUGGAGCGUAUUGGUGAAUCAAAUGUUAUCCAAGUUGUUACGGAUAAUGCUAGUGCAAUGGUGCUUGCCGGAAAAUUGCUACAAGACAAACGGCCUCAUUUGUUUUGGACUCCAUGUGCGGCGCAUUGUGUGGAUUUGAUUUUGGAGGAUAUAGGCAAGUUGCCUUAUAUCAAAGACACAUUGAAGAAGGCCAUGAGUGUGAAUGCCUAUGUUUAUGUCCAUUCGGGGGUGGUGAAUACGUUGAGACAUUUCACCGGAGAGAAGGAACUUGUUCGAGCUGGUGUCACAAGGUUUGCUACGGCCUUUCUCACACUUGAAAGAAUGCAAAUAUUGAAGGAGAAAUUGAGAGACAUGUUCCGGUCAAGACAAUGGGAAGAGAGUCAAUGGAAGAAAGAAGUCGUUCAUGUGUUAAGAAUGGUGGACGGAGAAAAAAGGCCCACAAUGGGCUACAUUUAUGAAGCCAUGGACAAGGCAAAGGAAGCGAUCAGGGAUGCUUUUGAUGGGAAAGAAGACAAUGCUUCGGGAUGCGAGCGCAAUUGGAGCAUUUUUGAGCAUGUUCAUAGCAAAAAACGGAAUAGGCUUGAUAAAAAACGAUUGAAUGAUUUGGUGUAUGUGAAAUAUAAUCGUGCUUUGAGACUUCGAUAUGAUGGUCGUGAUAGGAUUGAUCCUAUUUUGUUGAAUGAAAUUAAAGAGUCUAAUGAAUGGUUGCUUGGCAAAAUGGAAGGAGAAAGUGAUGGUGAUGAUGAUGAUUUGGUGUUUGAGGGAGAAGACUUGACUUGGGAUGCGGUUGCUAAGGCUAGUGGCGCGGAGGAGCCUACGUAUCGAACUAGGGAAAAAGCUCAAAGUUCCAAGUCCAAAGAGGUUGAUAAGGGAAAGGGGAAAGUAAUAGACUUGGAAAAGAGAAAGUCAAUUUUCUCCCGCAAAGGCUCAAGUCUAAGACUAAUUGAUGAAGAUGAAGAAUUUGUAGAAGAUGACUUGGAGUCGCUUGAGGAAGAAAUUGAAGAGCAAGGAUUCAAUGAAAAUGAAAAAUUUAAUUUUGAGGAGGAAGAGGAAGAGGAUGAGGAUGACGAUGAAGAAGACGAAGAAUGA